AUGGCUGAUGUUCGUGCAGGGUUAACAACAUCGACUAAAAUAUUAAAUGAUUCUCGACCUUCAUCCAGUCGGCAUUCACGACCAAAGUCUUCACAAAGUAUGGCCUCAUCUGUUAUACCUUCUACUGAUCAAAAUUUACAAAUUUACAUACAAGAUAUACAAACAAAUCUUCCUGAAAACGACCUUGAGGAAUCGAUUCGAUAUCGUAUCGAGAAAACUCUACGUAUUAAAAUAGACAAUAUAAAAUGUUACCUGAAACUUGGCAUUGUUGUAAUUGGAUUAGCGAAUGAAGACGACAAAAUGCAUCUUCUUGAAAAUGUUGUGUCAAUGGUACUUGAUCCAGAAAGUAACACAAUUGUUAAAUUUAGCGAUAAAAUUGAACUUGACUCUUAUGUCGUUGUCGAUCGAAAUAUAUCCGCAGAACUAUCUGCCGACGACGUAGCUCUUCGUUAUAUGCAAUCAUAUAGAAGAUCUAACCCUCGUCCAUGUAAACUGAUAUCAGUCCAAUUUCCAAAUAUAUUUGAAAUAUCAAUACCCACAUUAGAUGAACUUGCCAAAGUAGCUAAUUCACCAGAUUUCAAAAUUGAUGAUGUUUUCGCGACUAUUUAUCCACGUUGUGAUUAUAGUUUUCUUGAAGAUUUACCAUCAAAUAUUAGUGAACAAAAACUUUCAACAGCUAUUUUAACUCAAAUUGGAGAAACUAAAUUAGAUCCUACGUUGUUCUAUGUCCAAUAUGAUAAGGAAACAAGUAAUGCGAUUGUCUUAUUAACAAAAUCUAACAAAAAAUGGGCUGUGCAGAGUUUUAUAACAAUUAAUGAAAGAAAUAUUUCGAAAAAAAUAAAAAUUGCCUAUCGAGUUAUUGUUUCUCCUAUACCUCAAGACGUUGAUUCUGAUCUUAUCCUGAAAAAUAAAUUAUUUGCUGGCAAAGUGGUGAGACAUAGUCAUAUUCGUGAUUAUCUUAUUGUAGAACUCGAUAAUAUGAAGGAUUAUGAAGAAUGCAUAGCAAUAGGCGCACUUCGUAUAGGAAAAAAUAAACCUAUGGUUAUUACUCCGCAUAAUAUCGCUAAUGAUCCAAAUACAACUGAAAUUGAUGCUGACAACUGGUAUGAAACUGAAAUGCGCGCUAUCAAACCUGAUAUAGUACCGAUUAUGGGUAAUCAUCAACAUCCAAUAUUUCAUUAUAUAUGGAAUGCAGAUAAUUGGCGUGAACAAAUGGAAAAUUUGCACGAAAUAGAUCGACACGCACGGAAAUAUGAUCUUGAUCGACAUUUAUUACGUGUUACUAUUAUGUUAAAUACAAUUGGUAUACUUCGUAAGAAAAAAUAUAAUGUAAAUGGUGAAGAAGUAAUAUUAAAACUUCAACGUCUGCAAACAAUUCUCUAUGAUCAUAGAUCAAAGUUAUUCGGAGGUAAAACAAUAUCUGAGACAGACCUGAAAACACCAUAUUCAUCGACAGAUGUUAUCGUAUCUAAUGACGAUUGUCUUGUCCUUUAUGAAAAAUUAGUUAAUGAAGGAUUUAAACCUUUAUUAUUAAAUAUGGCUAAUGCGUCUAGUCCUGGAGGUGGAUAUAGAAAAGGAGAUGGAGCACAAGAAGAAAAUAUUUUUCGUCGUUCAGAUUAUUAUCAAAGUCUUGAUCUUGAAAUAGCUGAUAAAGGUCGAUCAGAAAAAUUUUAUUGCAAUCAAAAAUAUGAAGUAAGACAACCACGUGGCUUUUUCGAAUUAUAUCCAAUGGAAGAAUUUGGGGCUAUAUACACAUCUGGUAUAACUGUAUUUCGUGGAACAGAACUUGAUGGUUAUCCAUAUAUGAAUGAGCCUUUAUACAAUGUUUGCUCUAUUGCAAUGGCUGCUCAUCGAGAACCACGAUUAACAAAAACAAAUAUGUUAGAAAAUAAAUUUGCAACAAGUACAAGAAAAAAAAUUGAAAAUAUAUUUGCCAUAGGUUAUCAUCAAAAACAUGAUUGUUUAGUAUUAUCAGCACUAGGGUGUGGUGCUUUUAGAAAUCCACCUGAACAUGUUGCUUAUUUAUUUAAAUCAGUUAUAUAUCAAUAUGCUGGAUAUUUUAAGAAGAUUUAUUUUGCUGUUAUUGAUGAUCAUAAUACAGGAAAUCGAAUUAAUCCAAAAGGGAACUUUGCUCCAUUCAAAAAAAUACUCGAUGGUUUAACUGUAAGUCCACCAAAGACAAUUUGUAUCAAUGGAUCAAUCGGACCAUAUAGAAUUCUAAAUAAGUUAUUAGAUGGAAAAAUAACUUUAAGCGAUGUAUGCAUUCAAGAUUUGCCUCCCUGUCAUUACGGUACUCAAUGUCGCGAUAUAAAAGAUAUUCAACAUGAUAAAAAAUUUUCUCAUCCGCCUAUUUGUUUAUAUCACAGUUCAAAUUCAACAUGUGAACAAAUGAAUGAGGAUGUUCAUAAGUUUACAUAUUUUCAUCGAAUAAAGUGUAAACAUGGUGGUGAAUGUACUAAUACAGAUCAGAGUCACUUGAAUGAGUUCGAUCAUCCAGAAUUUUGUAAACAUAACUCUCAUUGUACAGAUGUUAAUCCCGAACAUUUACACGCUUAUCGACAUUUACCUGUUUGUCCAGAUGGUAUUACUUGUCUAGAAUAUCGAAAAAGGACAUCUGAACAUAUAAAUGCACUUCGACAUUGCAAAACAAUUUGUCCAGAUGGCAAUUGUUGUUCAAAUUUUCAAAAUAAAGAACAUUUUAAAAAUACGAUUCAUUCAUUCCUUGAACCGUGUCCAUUUACACCAUAUAAUUGUUCAAAGUUGGUUCAAUAUAUUCAUGCUGCUGGAAAAUCAGUUCCUCCCGAUGUUGAAACUCAUUGCCUUCAAUAUUCUCAUGUUUGUCAAUUUGGUCGUUUAUGUAAAACAACAGAUGAUGAACAUUAUAGAACGUCAAUUCAUAUUGCUCGAAAACUUUGCCCUGAUCUUGAUAAAUGUUCAAGACUCGGUGAUGAAAAUCAUCUUGAAUCAUAUUCUCAUCCAGGUAUUCGUGAUAUUCGUCUAUUGUGCCGUGAUCCAGGUUUUGCGUGUCCAGUUCGAUCCGAAGAUAAACAUUUAAGAACAUAUCGACAUGGAAGAGAUUUCAAUCAUUUAGGUGUUGCUCCAUCUAGAAAUCUAAAUGCUUCAAUUAAUUUUUUUCAGAAUCAAGGUAAUAUAAUAAGGACAGUGAAUAGUUAUGUGGAUAAAUCAGGCUGGAAAAAAUCAAAGAUUUCUGCAGAUAUUCUGAACUGGAUAAAAGCUUUACAGCCUGUUCAUCGAUGUGGACCGCAAAUAUUUGCGUCGAUUCUUGUUCAUGGUCAUGUUAUGAGCCGAGAUUAUAUGAAUGAAUUAAUAAAACCGAGAUGUGUUGUUAAUGCAGUUAUGCAACAUAAUCAAAUUCGUUCAAUAUUCCGUCAACACAAUGAUCCUUCGGUGAAAGAAAAUACAAAACGUCUCAUUCAAUUAUUAGUUAAGAGUGAAUUUCUAAAAGCUGGUUCUGCUGAAGUUCCUACAUUAGAACCUGAUCAUGACGAUCAAGUUAAUAUUAUGAAAAUGCAAUUAAAACCACCGCUUUCUCCAGAUGAUCUUGAGCUUAUUAGUAAUUGGACAGCUAAAAUAGUUGCAGCAUCAAUUGAACUGAGUACUCAUCUAACAGGAAUAGGUUAUGACGUUGAUAAAAAAUUAGGAACGCAUAAACAUGUUUUUAGUAUAUUAGGACUACACCACGGCUAUUAUUAUGGUGAUAUUGUUAUUACAUUUAAACAAGAACUAAUGUUUCAUCCUGAUUCAAAUUUCACUUUUCAAGCUGGAACUAGUUUUCAUAGUGGAAGAGUCUAUGCAUAUCGUCCGUGGUGGGCAGAUCCAACUGAUGAAAAAGAACGUAUUGAACAUUUUCAUAAUUCAAAAUUGCAUUGUUCAUAUCCUCGAUAUGAAUAUGCAGCAGCUGCUGAGUUAAUUGCUGCAACCGGUAAGACUAGACAAACAAUGGAUGUUGAUCUCGACAGUGUUAUUAAACAAUGGAAUCAAGUUGAUUCUCAUUUUGUAUUUGAAGGACAUUUACCGCCACUGAUUCCAUUAGAUUAUAUAGAAAAUGUUUAUAUACCAAAAAAUCUUUUUGAAUCAUUACCCGAUGAAGUUAAAAUAUUAGCUAAAGAAAUCUUUAAGAAAUCGUUAAUUCUUGCCGAACAUAAUGUUGAUCUUAGUUUAAUUAAGGCAGGUGCUACAACACCAUUGGAUGAUACUCGUAAACCUUAUCUUAAAUAUAUAUUGGAUAAACUUAAUGAUACGAUAAACGAGAGAAUAAAAACGCCACACACAUCACGAGGUUUUGUUAUAACAAUUACACAAACAAGAUUUGGCAAUCAUUUAAUCUUACCAAUAACAAUAAAACAGUCAUAUAAUUUAUAUUGUCUUAAUAAAGGUCAACCACCAAAUAAUAUUGAAUUAACUUACAUUUAUUGGCAGGCAAUGGGUGGUGAUAUGAUGUUAACUUUAGCUAAUGAAAAAAUUGAUCCAAAUGGAAAAGAUCAACCAAAUCUUCAAUAUUUUGUUUGUUAUGUUGCUAGAAAACCCUCAACAAAUUCAGAAGAUUAUUAUGAAGAGUAUUCUUAUAUAAAUACUGAUAGUCCUUACCAUCAUUCACAUAAUGUUCAUACAGGUAACUUGAAAGCUAAAUCACGUUGUUUUUAUCGUGGUUGUAAUACAGAUAAUUUUUUUACAUUUUGUUUGAAAAUUAAUUAUAAAACUGGGGAAGUUUCAUUGUCACAUGUUGGUCCUAAUGGAAUUUAUAAUCAUGAAAAUAUUUAUUAUCAAUUCAAAAAGUCAGAUUUAGAUUUAUUAAAACUAAAUUAUGUUCAUGUUAGCGCUGGAAAUCAAGAUGUUCCUGUAAGAAAUUUGAUGAUUAAUCAUGAACCAUUCGAUGAAUUACAUUCAACAUUUGAUAAAGAAUUUAAACUCGACACACCAAAUUUAAUCAGAAAACGUCGAACUUCAUUUAAUUAUAAUGAUAGUAAUAUUGAUAGAGAAAGUAGAUCUAGAAAUGAGAACUGUUCUGAUGCUACUCCAAAACCUAAGAAACGGUCAGCAUCUACGAUUGUCGCGAGAGCCACACCAGUUGACCCACCACUCACUGAAAUACCAAAACCAGAACCAGAUACACGAGGUUUUCUUUCACGAUUAAAAUACGCCGUCUUUGGCCCAAAUAAAAACAAAAAUUCUCCAGCAUACAAACCAUCACCACCACCUGCACCUAUAUUGCCAAACGACGAUGAACAGGAAUCUGAUUCUUUAUCAAGAACUGAAUCUCCUCCUCCUCCUCCGUCAAAACCACCAAGAUCCUAUUCUCCUCCACUGAAAUCACCAAAACCAUAUUCAUCUGUAUCAAAACCAGUUAAAGCAAUACCACCACCGCUGGCAUCAUUAACAUUACCUCCUUGUCGAGAUUCUAUUUAUUGUCUUAUUCAAAAUAAUGAAGAACAUAAAAAAAAAAAAUUCUCAUCCGUGUCGUUUUAA